CAGAAGAGCAAUGGCGGCGAGUGGCGGAGGCCGUCGCGACCCUCUGGCCCCCUCCGGGAUUCCCUGUGCAUUUUCUCCGCGGGGCCAGCACUACUUCUCGUUAGCCGGUCCGGAUGGUCACUUGCGGGUGUGGGAGACAGCCAGCAGCCGCCUGCAUCAGGACUUCGUUCCUUCCGCUCACCUCAGCGCCACCUGCACCUGCCUGGCCUGGGCCCCGCCGCGGUCGUCUGCCAAGGAAGGUCCCCAGAGGAAAAAAAGGAAAUCUGAAGCUGUAGGAACCAGUGACCAGGUUGAUCUAUUGGCCAUUGGUACAGCAGUCGGCAGCAUUUUAUUAUACAACACAGUAAAAGGAGAGUUACAGAGCAAACUAGUAAGUGGUGGACAGGACAAUAAAGUAAAUUGCAUACAAUGGCACCAAGAUAAUGAUUGUUUAUAUAGCUGUUCAGAUGAUAAAUAUAUUGUGGAAUGGAAUACACAGACUUGCAGAGUAAAGUGCAAAUGGAAAGGUGACAUCAGCAGUGUCAGUGCUUUGUGCAUCAGUCCUGAUGGGAAGAUGUUGCUUUCAGCUGGUCGAACUAUCAAACUAUGGGAUUUGGAGACUAAAGAAGUCUAUAGACAUUUCACAGGUCAUGCCACAGCUGUUUCAUCACUCAUGUUCACAACUAUAAGACCUCCUAAUGAAAGUCAGCCCUUUGAUGGAAUUACUGGCCUUUAUUUCUUGUCUGGAGCAGUACAUGACCGGUUACUUAAUGUGUGGCAAAUUCGGUCAGAAAAUAAAGAGAAGAAUGCAGUGAUGUCUUUUACAGUUACUGAUGAACCGGUCUACAUUGACCUGACUCUGUCAGAAAACAAAGAGGAGCCUGUAAAGUUAGCUGUUGUUUGUAGAGAUGGACAAGUUCAUUUAUUCGAACACAUAUUAAAUGGAUGCUGCAAAAAGCCUUUGACUUCAAAUUGCACUAUUCAGAUUGCAACAUCUGGGAAAGACAAGGAAUCAACACCAACACCUAUCCCUAUUCUAGCAGCAGCUUUUUGUUCAGACAAGCAAUCUUUACUGCUUGUGUAUGGCAGUCAUUUGCAGCCAGCGAUUGAAAGAGUGUCUUUGAACUCCAAAGAACCCCAUAUGUGUCUGAUAAGAGAUAUCAAUUGUUGGGCUCCAAAAAUAGGAAUAGCUGUAACAAAGGUAAGAACACCAAUAAUGAACUCAGAGGCCAAAGUUUUAGGCCCUGGAAUUCCUGGACAUCAUGCAGCCAUCAAACCUACAUUGGAGACCGAGAAAACAGAAAGUAAAAGAAGAUUAAAGGAGAAUGAGCAAAUUAGCAUUGAAGAACGACUGGGAGCAAUGGACAUAGACACUGUGAAAGAAAAAAGGAAAGGGGACCUGAAGGCAGACAGCUACCCGGUUCUUCUAGUGCAAGGCCUAGAAAGCAAUGACUGCUACAUGCUAAAUAAAGUACUUCAAACAAGAAAGGAUACCUUAAUCAGAAACACAGUGUUAAGGAUUCCAGUAUAUGCUGUUAUUCCAUUAUUGAAUGAGCUCACUAAGAGGUUGCAAGGACAUCCAAAUAGUGCUGUACUUAUGGUUCCAUGGUUAAAAUCUGUAUUAACCAUACAUGCAUCUUAUCUGUCCACAUUGCCUGACCUGGUACCCCAACUAGGCAUGUUGUAUCAGUUGAUGGAGAGCAGAGUCAAAACCUUAAGGAAACUCUCUCGAUUGCAUGGGAAGCUCAUUCUUCUUAUUACACAGGUGGCAGCAUCUGAAAAAACUCAGGGUGUGCCUCAACCUGAGCAAACAGCCAAACUGGUUUAUGAGGAAGAGUCUUCUGAAGAGGAGUCUGAUGAUGAAGUAAUGGCAGAUAAAAAUUCUGAUGAGAAUUGGGAGGAGGAUGAAGAAGAGAGAGAAAGUGAAAAGGAUGAAGAUGACGAUGAUGAUGACGAUGAUGAUGAUGAUGAUGAUGAUGAUGGUGACGAUGAGCAAGAAAUAGAUCAGGACACAGAAAAUGGUGAGGACAAAGAAAUGGCUCUUGAAAAGGAAAUAAAUGGAGAUUCUGAUUUGGACCCAGAAAAUGAAAGUGAAGAAGAAUGAAGAAGAAAGGAAAAAUAGGCCAAUAGAACUAUAAACUUUGGCUCAUAUUGUUGAAUGCUGCCAUGUUCUCCUGGAGAGGGUGGUUUCUGUGUUUGACCUUUGACAGGUAGAAUGCAGACAGCCCUCCCACCUUUCCAAAUUCAUAAUGGUGGCCUCAUCAAGCCAGCCCCUUUGUCCUUCCCACCUCAAACUUAACUGUGUAAAUAAGAAUGUUUCUUUCAAUUGUUAAUAAACUUUACACAGUAAAUAGACACAUUUUUUGCAACAUACUGACACGAUUGUCCUACAUAUCUUAUAUUUUUAUAAUAAAGUCCUGGAAUGAUUGGUUAUAUCAAGAAUUGAGUUAAAUGAAGAUGAGGACAUUCUCUCCCCCCCCAUCCCAUCCCAUCCCAUCCCAUCCCCCUAUCCAAACCACAAUCCAACCUAUUCUUUGGAGGAAUCUACUCUUACUGCAGGUUGGUAUGUGUAAUUUGGUCCAGGUAUGAUCUGCCCUGAGUAAACUUGGUAAGGAGUUAUGAGCAUGAGCCAAAAUUUAUCUUGUUAUGUAUAAAAUGAGACAUGACAAAAUGAAGGUGUAGAUGUGAUUGCAGGUUUUAGGAAAAACCUUUAAUCUCAAAGAUACUUUUGGCCAAAGUAAUUUGAACCAGGCAGGCUCAGACGCUGGAUUUAUCCCCCCACUCCACCACUACCACCCCUAUCCGCAAUCCUACCCCCAGAACACAGAAAAUCCGCUAAUAUUUUUUUCUAGAUAUUUGAGGAAUUUUUAAAGAAAAACAAUUAUGGUGGUUCAAAAACCAAAAUAACCAACAACCCCCUAACCACGUGAAUGGUUCUCUGUGACUAGAACAUGACCAGGAAUACAUCCAACUGCCUGCACUGUUCUUUGGUAGUCACCUACAGUCACUGCUGAGGUCAUGAAUUCACUUCAGCUUUCUACUAUCAAUUAAAUUUUUAGAACAGACCGAUUUCUAUUUCCUAUUGACUUCAGUUAGUAAUAAUAAUACCAGUGGCCAUCCUAGCAGCAGUUUUGUUUUUUUAUCCAAGGAAACUUUUUAUGAUUUAGCAGUUAAAUGGUUUCUUUUAUUUUUCUAUUAACCAAGGUUAGCAAAUGGUUGGAUACUUUUUUUUAAUGAACUCAAGUUUUUGUGUCCUAAAAAAGACCAUUUAGAAUUAUCAGUGAUUUAUUUGAAAAGAAAAAUUUUGGAGCCAUUUAGGGCUAAAAGGACACUAACAUGGUCUUAAAUAAGAAGUAAUGGCUAGGCGCAUAGUUUUUUUUCCCCCUUCUGUGGAUAUGUACAACAACCAUAUUGUUAGGGACUUUUUAAUCUCAAUGGCCUAACAAAAAUCUUUCUCUCUGCUUAUGGAGCUCAAGCCACAAUAACAUCUUAGGAAAAGCGAGUUUGAGCCAGCAAUGGGCAUAUUGUAUGUACAGUUUAUUUGUCUAUAAAUGGAGCUGUUUAUGGCUACCAAACACCACCCUCUUUGUAAAGUGAAUAAAUAUACAUCUUUACCCAGUG